CUAAAAAGCCAAAGCGCGGGAAUUACGAUCCUCCUCACCCCUCCAUCCGUUUCCCGGUCCUUCCCUUUCAACCUCGACGCCUUGCGGGUUGCGGCGCCUGGCCGCUGGAGGCUCUAAGGAUGUCUGCGGCGGCUGGAGUUCGCACUCUCUCGGUUCUAAGGAAGUUCAAACCCUUCGGUCUCACCGUGGAAACCAUUGACGGAAAUCCCGAACGAUCGGACCUCCACGAAAAGUAUGCCUAUUUUCUUUUCAGUCCUGAGAUCACUAGGGAUCGGAACAACGCGUCAGAGUACGAGGCGGCCUCUGCCUCCUGCGAUUCCAGCGACCACGAGAUCUUCAUCAGAGGAAAUCAGAUCAUAUGGAGCGCAGGUUCACGAGUUCAUAGGAGGUACACCGCAUCUUCGCCGAUUGUCAUGGCUUGCUGGUGCCGUAUGGAGACACUACCGGAGCCAACGCUCUGUGUGUUGCAAGUUGAGACGCUAACGAUGUACAGGCCGUCCGGUGAAGUGGUACGGCUCCCACUUACACAUUCCAUCUCAUCAAUUUGGUCACUUCCAUUUGGUUUGCUACUUCAGAGGGCUUCAGACGGCCUCUGUCCUUUUACCGCCUCCAAUCCAUCACUAUGUACUAGUGAUUUGUCACGUAUAAAUCGGGAGCAUGGUGCUAUUCCUCAGUAUGAUUACAGUUCACAUUGUUCUGCUGGUUGCAGUGUUGAGUCGGAGCUGUCUAUUACGGCGUCUCAUUUUAUAUUAAAGCAUCCUUUGCAGGAACCCCAAGUAAUUAUUGUUGAAGAAAGGGGGAAACCAUCCAUCAUGAAUGAUCUUGAUGAAAAGAUAAUUUGGACCGGUGAAACUAUUCCUUUAGUUGCAUCAUAUAAUAAAGGCAAGAUGCAGCAUUGUAUUUGGAGAAUUGAUAGAGUUGUUUAUAAUUCUGAAACUAAGGCUGCAUGCUUAAGAGAUCAUGCUCAUUCUCCAGAUGAUCUCUCAAAGCAGUUUUGCUUUCACAAGAUAUGGCAGGGAAAAAAGUCUCCUGCUCAAGCUUCUAAGGUUUUUUCUGCAACCGAUGGUGAUGGAAUGCCAAUCAUUUGUUUUCUGCUUCAAGAGCAAAAGUGUCUUUUCUCUGUUAGGUUACAGACUGGUGAAAGAUUCACUGACAUUUUCUAUGAUGUUAAGCCUGAAAUGAGCUGGAGUGUGCCUGCUAUUGCCGCAGCUCCUGUUGUUGUAACACGCCCAAGAGUCAAAGUAAGUUUACUACAGUUCUCUGAUGUGCUUGUCAUCAACAAGGAAAAAGAUAUUCUUCUUUAUUCUGGAAGGCAAUGUUUCUGUAAAUACACAUGGCCUAUAAAUAUUCAACUUGGAGUCAAUCUUGGACACCCAACCUGUCUUGGGCAAGCAACAAUUGGAGUCGAGCUGAAGGUUACAGGAUUAGCAGAUGCUGUGGAUGGGAGAGUUAAUUUGAUCCUAGAGAAUGGCCAAAUGUUCAGGUGCAACUUGCAAACAAGACCUUCUUCUUCACUGGUGAAUGACUGUAUCACGGCAUUAGCUGAAGGGCUGCACCCUACUUUCUAUAGCCAGUUUGUAGUUAUGUUAUGGGGAGAUGGUGAUCCAACCUCCCUAGCUAAGGCUGAUAUUCACAUUAAUUCAGAGUGGGAGUCUUUUACUAAUGUGAUCAUGGCCAUGUGCAAAAGACUAGGUUUCAAUUCAUCAGCAAAUUCAGACACAACACAGUCUUCGUGGGAGUUCCUUAUUCAAAGUCAGUACCACCUGAAGUACUCUAGUAGGCACUUCUUCUCUGGCUUUUCUAUUGGAUCUAUACAUGAGCUAAAGGAUUUCAAGAGCACUAUCACAUGCAACCUUGCUGAGCAAAGUAGGGAAACAUCAUUUUGUGUGCAGUUCCUCACAGAGGCACUGGAUGCACUGCAUGCUGUUUAUGAGAACUAUAAACUUGACAAUCUACGGAAGGGGGACAUCAAUCUCCUAGUCAGCCUCUUGCUUGGAGUUGCUACUUCUCUUGGUGAGUCAAACUAUGUCGAUCACUACAUACGUGAUUUUCCAGUUCUUUUACUGGAAAGCAGAAUAUUUCAACCAGCAUCAAUUCCCAGGAUGCCACCAUGUUUAUUCAGAUGGUUGCAAGCUUGUCUCAGAAAUGGUUCGAACUUUGCCAAUUGCGAUGACCUUCCACCUCUAUUGCGUAGGGAUGGAAGUCUUGUGGUUGACUUUUCUCGUAAGAUUGUGUCAUUUUAUAGCCUUUUAAUGGGAAGUGAAAGAGUUGGAAGAAAACUUUCUUCUGGAGUAUACUGCAAUCUUGCCGAGGGAUCUGCAUACAACAAUGAGCAAGUUGUUGUGCUUGCAAUGGUUGCGGAAACAUUUGGACUGCAGCAGAUGGAUCAACUACCAGCUGGCAUCUCUCUUCCCUUGCGUCAUGCCUUGGACAAAUGCAGGGAGUCACCACCUGAUGAUUGGCCAGCUGCGGCAUACAUGCUUGUUGGGAGAGAGGAUUUGGCUUUGAUCUCUUUGGGCAGUUUCAUUAAAUGCAGAAAACGUGAAUUGACAUCUGAAAAUAAUUUAGUUGCCUUUUCCUCUCCUUAUCUGCUAAAUGUCCGCUCAGUAACUAUUCCUUCCUCAUCACUGGAUAAGAUAGGAGUUAACAGCAACAAGAUGGAUGAUGUUGACACAAUCGAUGGUUCAGUACCAGAUGGCAUGGAACAUGUUUUUAGCUCCAGCACGCAGAUGCGUUUUGGCCAUGACUUGCGUUUACAUGAGGUUAGACGCCUGCUCUGCUCAGCGAGACCGGUGCCUCUGCAAUCAUCUGCCAGCUCCAAUUCCUCUGAACAAGAUAUGCAACAGGCCCACUUAUGGCAAUUAGCUCAUCGUACCACUGCAUUACCUCUUGGCAGAGGAGCAUUCACUCUUGCAACCACUUGUACUUUCAUGACAGAGGCCCUUGUGGUCCCAAAGCUUGUUCUGGCUGGUCACCUGCCAUCACAGCACAAUGCAACUGUAAACCUUGAUCCAACAAUGAGAAAUUUGGCAGAACAUAGAUCUUGGCCAGAAUUUCAUAAUGGAGUUGCUGCUGGACUAAGGCUAGCUCCUGUGCAGGGCAAGAUAUCUCGAACAUGGAUAGUAUACAACAAACCAGAGGAACCAAAUGCUACUCAUGCAGGGAUUCUGUUGGCUUUAGGUUUGCGUGGGCAUUUACGUGUUUUAAUAAUGACAGAUGUUUAUCAAUACCUUUCACAGCAACAUGAUAUCACCACAGUGGGCAUACUCCUUGGUGUGGCAGCAUCCUUUAGAGGGACAAUGGAUCCCGCUAUCUCAAAGAUGCUUUAUGUUCAUGUUCCUUCUCGGCAUCCAGCAUCAUUUCCAGAACUGGAACUACCAACUGUUGUACAGUCUGCUGCACUCUUGGCAAUUGGUCUGCUAUAUGAAGGAUCUGCACAUCCUUUGGCAAUGGAUAUUCUGUUGGGUGAAAUAGGACGCAGAAGCUCUGGUGAUAGUGUCCUUGAAAGAGAGGGUUAUGCAGUUGCAGCAGGAUUUGCGUUGGGGCUGGUCUGCCUAGGUCGAGGAUUAGAUGCUUCUGGUCACAUGGGUUCUUGUGUGGAGCAGCUCUUCCGAUACAUUUAUGGCAGCAGAAAACCUUAUAGAAUGAUGGAUGAUACACUUGUAAAUGUUGAUGUUACUUCACCAGGGGCUACAGUUGCUUUGGCAUUGAUGUUUUUGAAGACUGAAUCUGAAGUGGUGGCAUCACGGCUUUUGAUUCCUCAAACCUGCUUCGACUUGCAAUAUGUGAGGCCUGAUUUUCUUAUGUUGCGUGUUAUUGCUCGUAAUUUGAUAAUGUGGAAAAAUAUAUGCCCAAGUCAGGCCUGGAUUAAUUCUCAGAUUCCUGAAAUUGUAAAGAAUUCUCCAGUUUACCUGAAUGUUGAGUUUAUGGACAAUGAUGAUGCAGAUAUUGGCGCAUUGGCACAAGCUUUCGUGAAUAUUUUGACUGCUGCUUGUGUUUUGUUAGGGUUGAAGUAUGCUGGCUCAAGAAAUGCAGAAGCGCAAGAACUCUUGUAUGACCAUGCUAUCUACCUUCUGUAUGAGAUUAAGCCACUGUCUGGGUCAAAUAAAAAUAUCUAUCCUACGGGACUUGUGCAACAUGUGGAUCGUGGAACACUAGAGACUUGCCUUCAUAUUAUUGUGCUCUCUCUUUCUGUGGUUAUGGCUGGCUCUGGACAUUUGCAAACAUUCAGGCUAUUGAAAUUCCUGCGUGGUCGAACUGUCGAUGGACAAAUGAAUUAUGGGUUUCAAAUGGCAGUAAGUUUAGCCAUUGGAUUCUUGUUCCUUGGUGGGGGAAUGCACACUUUUUCUACUGGAAACACUAGUAUUGCUGCAUUGCUGAUUGCUCUUUAUCCACGUUUACCUGUUGGUCCCCAUGACAACCGCUGUCACCUUCAGGCAUUCAGACAUUUGUAUGUCCUAGCAACAGAAGCCCGUUGUGUGCAGACAAUAGAUGUUGACACAGGUCUAUCAGUGUACACUCCACUCGAAGUCACUAUCAGGGAGGCAGAAUACCAUACAGAGACAACCUUCUGUGAAGUCACCCCCUGCAUUCUCCCUGAGCAUUCUCUUCUAAAAUCUGUUCAUGUUUGUGGACCACGUUAUUGGCCCCAAGAAAUUAAUCUUCUGCCUGAUGACAAACAGUGGUUGGAUGCUGGAGGCAGGAUUAAUCCCUUUAGUGGUCAAACAAUCUAUGUUAAACGAAAAGUUGGAGCUUGUUCAUAUGUAGAUGAUCCUAUUGGAUGUCAGUCUUUGCUGUCCAGAGUGAUGUACAAGCAGGUUUUUGAUAUACACAGCAUCAAUGCUCCCAGAAGUAAGGGUGAUAAUGGUCAACCUGGAGUAUUUAAAGUCGAUCAAUUGGUUAGCACUUUUUCUGCUAAUCCAAGCCUAAUUGCUUUUUCACGAUUUUGCUGUGACAACUUGUGGACAAGCAGCUCGGAUGCUGAUUUUCGUGAUUUUUGUGCCCAAAUGUUGUUCGACUGUAUGAGCAAGGACAGGCCUGGUCUUUUGCAGGUGUAUCUUUCUCUGUACACAAUUAUUUUGUCAAUGUGUGAGCAAGCAACAAGCAACAACAUUCUUUUCAGUGACACACUGUUUCUCUCCAGCCUAAAGGUUGCAUUAGCUUAUAACGAGGCUCUUGUCAAUGGACUACUUAAUCAUUCAACUGGUGUAAUUCAGUCUACCUUUCUAGCCUCUUUAGGAAGAAGGAUAGAAGAUAUUUUAGUGAGCUGGAGUGGGGCUAGUGGCCAUCUGCUCAAGUACUUAGCUGAUGGCAAGUGUCCUUUUGAGGACAUGGCCAAGGAUCUGAGAUCAACCCUGCUUUUGUCAUGUUAUCUACAGUGGUUUGAAAUUCCAUCAUCCUCCAUUGUUCAGUCAGCAGUAUCAAAGAUCAAAGUCAAGGCUGUGAUACCUUCAGUUCCUUUUCUACAUAUGCUGCUUCCUGCCACACAUAUCAAUGCACUUUCUUUGAUUUACAAGUUACUUGUUCCCAACACUGUAAAGUAAACACUGUUUGUAUAUUUGAAUUUUCCUUUCUCAAGCUUUUUUGUCAAUCACAUCUCUUGAUAAAUUCCAAUGGCGAUACACUUAUUUUUUGCA